GCGUCAAGUGAAAAAAGUAAACAAAAACAAAGAAGAAAAGUCUCAAAAACCGCGAAAACAUGCUAAAUAAUUCACAAAAUAUUGCUAAGAGUUUAGUGAGGACGUGCCUCAAACAAAUCCGUGUUAAACAUUCAAAAACAUUACUAAAUAAUUCGCAAAAUUCAUCAUUUCUUCCCUUUGGAGGCUUUGGAGACAUUUUGGGGUUAUGUUACACAACUGAGGCAGUUCAGGGAGCUCACAAAACAGCCUCUAGUGUGGAUGUGGACAAUCUUGAGCUACUUCAGAGACACUCAAAGGAUUGGUGGGACCCCGUGGGAUCAAUGAAACCCCUCCAUACGAUGAAUCAUCUCAGAGUUCCCUUCAUACGGGAUGGUUUAAUUUCAACGGGUGUUGUCGCGAAGAAUGCAAAAUUCCCGAGAAUUCUCGAAGGUUUGAACAUCCUGGAGGUUGGAUGUGGUGGAGGAAUCCUCACAGAGGCACUGGCAAGGCUAAAAGCAAAUGUCACAGCCAUUGAUCCUUCCUUGGAGUUGAUUUCUGUCGCUCAGGAGCAUUUGCAGUGUAAUCCUGAACUAUCGCAGAGGAUAAACUACCUCCAGGAAACUAUUGAAGUUCAUUCAGUGAAGAAUUCAGAGAAAUACGAUGCAGUGAUUCUUUCGGAAGUAAUUGAGCAUGUUAAUGAUCAGGAGAACUUCCUGAAAAUGUGCAUUGGGGCUGUUAAAUCCGGUGGAUCAGUGUUCCUGUCCACGCUAAAUAAAACCACAUUGUCCUACUUCUUGGGUAUUGUCCUUGCGCAGGAUGUUCUGAAGCUCCUCCCGAAGAAUACCCACGAAUGGGAUAAAUUCAUAUCACCAACGGAAACGCAGAGAAUCUUUGAGAAAAACAACUGCUCAGUAAUCAUGGUCAAUGGGCUACUCUACUGCCCACUGAAUAAUGUCUGGGAGUGGAGUAAUUCAACUGAUGUCAACUACAUUCAGCAUGCUAUUAAACAUUGAGGAAAUUGAGGGAUUUUUAAGGGGCAGAAAAUCCUGGAAAAUAAAGAAAAAUACAGCAAAGAGGAGUUUUUUGUGAAAGAUAUUUUUUUGUGUUAUUAAUUACAAUAAAAUCUAAUUAUUAAUGAAAAA